AAACUGGCGUUAUCAACAAAUUUUCCACAUAAUAAAAAGCGAACACUGUAUGUUGGUGGAUUUGGGGAUGAAGUUAAUGAAAAAGUGCUUGAAGCUGUUUUUUUACCCUUUGGUGACAUAGUCGGUAUUUCGGUGCCUAUGGACUAUGAAACAGGCAAACAUCGUGGCUUUGGUUUUAUCGAAUUCGAGUUAGCGGAAGAUGCUGCAGCAGCUAUGGACAAUAUGAAUGAUUCAGAAUUAUAUGGCCGUACUAUUAAAUGCAACUUUGCUCGACCACCUAAACCUAAUGAGAAAAGUCAUCGCCCGAUAUGGGCUGAUGAUGAAUGGCUUAAAAUGUAUGGGACUGGCGAAGGGAUAUCAAAGGAGGCCAAAGAGAUAAAUGAUUCUGAUGCCGAUACUUCUGUUGCAGUAAACGUUAAAAAAUCACCUUUACCUCGAGUGUAUUUAGGAAUCAAAAUAGGUAUAAGGUAUGUUGGGAGAAUCACCAUAGAACUUCGAACGGAUGUUGUUCCGAAGACAGCAGAAAAUUUCCGUCAGCUGUGCACAGGAGAGAAAGGUUUUGGAUAUGAGGGCUCAAAAUUCCAUCGAAUUAUUCCUCAGUUUAUGAUUCAAGGAGGUGAUUUCACAAAGGGCGAUGGAACUGGUGGGAAAUCUAUUUACGGAACCAAAUUUGCUGAUGAAAAUUUUGAGUUAAAGCACACUAUGGCUGGAACCGUUUCAAUGGCAAAUUGUGGGCCAGAUACAAAUGGAUCUCAAUUUUUUAUUUGUACGGCAAAGACGGACUGGUUGGAUGGGAAGCAUGUUGUUUUCGGUUAUGUUGUUGAGGGAAUGACUGUUGUAAAACAGGUGGAACAACAAGGUAGCAAAAGUGGCAAGCCUAUGAUGCAGGUUACAAUAGUUGAAUGUGGCGAAGUAAAAGAUGGAGACAAGUAG